GAGUCGUUAAUUAUUUAUGCAGGCGGCUAAAUUGUGAGUAUAAAUACCGGCGAAAGGGCGGAAACAGCACAGAUUGCUCAUCCAGACACAUCAAGUCGACUGAGGAGUAUCUGUGUUUGUAGAUUUUCGUGGGAGAAAAAUAGAAAACAACCUUCAAAAUGCGUGAAUGUAUCUCUAUCCAUGUUGGUCAAGCCGGAGUCCAGAUGGGCAAUGCCUGCUGGGAAUUGUACUGUCUCGAGCACGGUAUCCAGCCUGAUGGUCAGAUGCCCAGUGACAAGACCAUUGGAGGUGGUGAUGAUUCCUUCAACACCUUCUUUAGCGAGACUGGUGCAGGAAAGCAUGUGCCCAGAGCUGUCUUUGUUGAUUUGGAGCCCACUGUAGUUGAUGAGGUUCGAACUGGUACCUACCGACAAUUGUUCCACCCUGAACAGCUGAUCACUGGCAAGGAAGAUGCUGCCAACAACUAUGCUCGUGGUCACUACACCAUUGGUAAAGAAAUUGUUGACCUUGUCCUCGACAGAAUUCGUAAGUUGGCUGACCAGUGUACCGGUCUCCAGGGAUUCCUCAUCUUCCACUCCUUCGGUGGUGGUACCGGAUCCGGAUUCACAUCCCUCCUUAUGGAACGUCUAUCUGUUGACUACGGAAAGAAAUCCAAGCUGGAAUUCUCCAUCUAUCCAGCCCCACAGGUAGCAACCGCAGUUGUCGAACCAUACAACUCCAUCCUGACCACCCAUACCACAUUGGAACACUCCGACUGCGCCUUCAUGGUAGACAAUGAGGCUAUUUAUGACAUCUGCAGACGUAACUUGGACAUUGAAAGACCAACAUACACCAACUUGAACAGAUUGAUUGGUCAGAUCGUCUCCUCCAUCACUGCCUCUCUAAGAUUUGAUGGUGCCCUCAAUGUUGACUUGACCGAGUUCCAGACUAACUUGGUACCAUACCCACGUAUCCAUUUCCCUCUUGCUACUUACGCACCUGUCAUCUCUGCUGAAAAGGCCUACCAUGAGCAGCUUACUGUUGCUGAAAUUACCAAUGCCUGUUUCGAGCCAGCCAACCAGAUGGUGAAAUGUGACCCACGUCACGGCAAGUAUAUGGCCUGCUGCAUGUUGUACCGUGGUGAUGUUGUCCCCAAGGAUGUCAAUGCCGCUAUUGCAACCAUCAAGACCAAGAGAACCAUCCAGUUCGUCGACUGGUGUCCAACUGGCUUUAAGGUUGGCAUCAACUACCAGCCACCAACUGUUGUACCAGGUGGUGAUCUUGCCAAGGUACAGCGUGCCGUGUGCAUGUUGAGCAACACCACUGCCAUUGCCGAGGCUUGGGCUCGUCUUGACCACAAGUUUGAUCUGAUGUAUGCCAAGAGAGCCUUUGUCCACUGGUAUGUUGGAGAAGGUAUGGAGGAAGGAGAAUUCUCUGAGGCUCGUGAAGAUCUUGCCGCCCUGGAAAAGGAUUACGAAGAAGUCGGAGUUGAUUCAGUUGAAGGCGAGGGAGAGGAAGAAGGCGAAGAAUAUUAAAACAUCGUCCCAACAGAACUUUCAAUAUCCUAUACUUGAAUCUCAAAAUUUCUACCUUGUUGCUACUUUCUUUCUUUCAAAGUGACAAAAAAUCAAUAAACUGUGCAAUUUUAGUGCUAAGUCAAUGACAGCAUGUAAGCUUGGUGAUAUUAAAUCCAAAUCGGUGUUCAUCUUUUUGUGCUUUUUGUACUGAUUUGUUUUCAUGAUUUUUUACUACUUCAGUGGUACUGAAUCUACUUUGUGGACCAAUAAAAAUUCUGAAAUAA